AAGUCGUUGCUCUCCGAGCCUGGGGUGGAGGGAAGCGUGGAAACGGCGCACCCCGGUCAGGAGAGACAGCGGUCUCUCGUCGUUCCCCAGCCGCUGUUGAGAGGCGCUGCCUUGGAAGGGCUCUGAGGAAGGCAAUGACUGAGUACAAACUGGUGGUAGUAGGAGCUGGGGGUGUUGGAAAAAGUGCCCUGACCAUCCAGCUUAUCCAGAAUCACUUCGUAGAUGAAUAUGAUCCUACUAUUGAGGAUUCUUACCGCAAACAAGUUGUUAUUGAUGGAGAGACUUGUUUGCUAGAUAUCCUGGAUACGGCAGGACAGGAGGAAUAUAGUGCCAUGAGGGACCAAUAUAUGAGAACUGGGGAAGGCUUUCUUUGUGUGUUUGCCAUUAACAACAGCAAAUCAUUUGCAGAUAUAAAUCUUUACAGAGAGCAAAUUAAAAGAGUGAAAGAUUCAGAAGAUGUACCAAUGGUAUUAGUGGGAAACAAAUGUGAUUUACCAACAAGAACAGUAGACACCAAGCAGGCUCACGAAGUAGCAAAGAGCUAUGGUAUUCCAUUCAUUGAGACAUCUGCCAAAACAAGACAGGGUGUUGAAGAUGCUUUUUAUACAUUGGUUAGAGAAAUCCGUCAGUAUCGAAUGAAAAGGCUCAACAGUAAUGAAGAUGGGAAUCAAGGCUGCAUGGGGGUGUCAUGUCUUGUGAUGUGAUGAGCUGCCUUUGAAUCCUCCAUCCAAGUUCAAAGUUGAAUCUUAAUUCCACUGUGUUGCAUUUCAUGACGAUGCCUUGGCCAGUAUCAUGCAAGUUGCCAAUUGAUCAAUACUAAAACAUUCUAUCAGCACCAGAAGAUACUCUUUCUGAACAUCUACCUCUUUGCUCAGUUGAGCAUGCAAAGAAAGUCUCAUAUGUUAUGUGUGGGAUAUUUCACUUUCCUUUCUUGGGUAGGUUCAAACAGAGAAACUGAUUAUAUGGGAACUAUAGAGGCCAAAUGCCUUGAAAGAAAUAACAUCUCAUUUUCUGGAAAGAAGGCUGGAAUGAAUUGUGAUCAUGCUAUUCUGAAAAAGCCAUUGCAUAGCAUUGUAUGGUAACAUUACGCUUGAUUUCCUGUACACCAUUUUAAACCAAGAUAAUAUUUCCUGUACUAUGUACUUAAAUAUUCCUAUUGUACAUUAGGUUAAUCACAUCUAGUCUAACCUCUUUAAUUCUGGCCUUUUUAUAACAAAAGUAAAAUUAUUUGAUUAUCAAGUGCCUCUUUACAAAGGCAAGCUAGACUUUAAGCCUUAUCAUGCUGGUUGCAGCUCUGGUUCCCAGCUGACCCAUCCUGAAUGUUUCAAGCUGACUCAGUUCAUUGGUCUGUGUUAACCCAGUAUUAUCUAUGCUCAGCUUUAUUGUCUUAUCCUUCCCAAUGAACUGUAUGUGGGAACUUUUGCAGAAGAUAUUUACUAGUCCUGGGCUUUGUCGUCAAAGUUCCUCGCAUCAUUGGUUGAAAAGCACUUUGAGAUUAAGAUUCUCCUGAGGAAAUAGCAGUCAAUUGCUAUUUUCCAGCAAUUAAAUAUAAUACAUUCCAAUUACCUUGUGCUUGAAGGUACUGGUGUUUUCAUCAGGACCACUUAUUGGCUGUGGAUACUGUCAACAGCUGCUACUCCAUUAUCAGUCAUAAAAAAUGAUUGUGUGAAGUUUGUGUAGAAAAAAAAUCUGUUUUAUCUCAGCUAUUUCUGCACUUCUAUUUUUAGUUAAGCUUUUUACUCAUUUGAUACCUUUGUCAAGCACAGUGUUUUUAGGCUUACUAGUGAAGAAAUGCAUUUAGGGAGUCAACUUAUUGGCAUUAUUCAUUUUGAAAGCUCUCUCCAGGCUACUGCUGUGCAGUGAAACUUGAGGUGAAGAGCUAGGGUAAAAUGGAACUAGAGGAAUAGAGGGUGAAUUUAAUUUUCCUGCUGCUUAAAAGUAGGAUUAAAUCGAUACUGUACAUUUAUCCUUACAAAAUAUGGAGCUGGAUUCCUCAGUAGCCUCCAUGCCUCUAUCAUAAAAGAAAAGGAACUGUGAGUUUUCCUUUCUCUAAUGCUGAGGAGUAGUUGAUUGGAUUACUAUUUAUAUGAUGUAUCCAAAAUCUGGUCCUGAAUCCCAUGUAUGUGUAUCAUCUCACUUUCAAGUGAGUGAGUGAGUGAACUGCCUUCACUGAAAGUAGAUGCUUAAAAUGAUGUGAGGUGAUAUAAAAGCUGUCUGUGUGACUGUUUUACAUAUCUGAUUAAUGUGGUUAUGUUUUUUGAAGCACAGAAAUGACUUCAAUAGAAAUUGAGUUUGUGGUCAUUAAGUGGUGUACUGGUUUACAAUAUUGCCAUUUUACUGCAUACAUUCUAAGUUGGAUAGACAACCACUAUCUCAACUUAAUCCAAACUGUCUAAUCUCCAAGUAAGAAAGUUCACAAUUAUUUCCUAAAUAUAUAACUUAUGGAGCAUUUUCUCGAGAAAUUUAUGUCACCUGAGCAAUAAAUUGAUACUGUUUAAAGUCCCUAUGCAUGUUGCUCAAUGCUACAUAGCAUUCAGUUUUUCUUAGUGUGAUUUCUUUGUUCUGUGGUAGAUAUGUGGCAUAUACUGGUGAAGAUAGUGUAAUUUGCUUAAUUUCUGUAAGUCAGCCAGCUGUGUAAAUUACAGGAGCACUACUGCAGAAUGUGGGACUGCCUAAAUAGAAGUACAGCGAAAUGUUGGGCUUAAAAGAAUUAUUGAGAAAUCACACUUCUUGGUUAGCAUUUGCAGUUUGGAAAUUGUAAUUCCAGGAGCCUGAAUAUAAAAUGUCAUUUGUGGCUCAGUGUUCUGCAUGUUUGUCAAUGAAUCUGAAAAGCACAUAGUAAUAUAUUUUUGGUAUAUAUUACUUACAUAUUACCAAAUAUAUGGUAAUUUUCCAUCUGGGGUUCACUUGUAUUAACUGAUGUUAAUACAAGUGAGACAUAGGUUAAUUAAGAAGCAGUUUGUAGAAUGAAGUAGGUGAAAUCAGCUAAUUUGGGUGAUGGAAGCAAUUUUCAAACACCUGUUUGCUUCAGCGUGUAAAACGUUUAUCUAAAAGUUGGUAACAUUUGUAAUUCUCACCGUCUUUCAAUUCUUGAAAUUUCCUCCACUUACAUUUGUAUUAUAUGCAGAGGAUGUUGUAGUGGCUAACCUGGGCCAUAACUAUAUAUUUAUUCAUGAGUGGUCUGCUGUCUUCUCCAGAUCACUAUUUGUCUCUUUCUGUAGCGCUAAGUACAAAAGGGAUUCAAUGGAGAACAUUUGAAAAAACACACAGCAGUGACAAAUAUGAAGCUAAAUCUCAUGUACGCAUAGUCCUUGAUUUACAGCCACAAUUGAGCCCAAAAUUUCUACUGCUAAGCAAGGCAGUUAAGAGAUUCAUAAAGUCACUUUUUUCAGUGCCAUUGUAACUUUGAACAGUCACAACUAGUCACUAAAUGAAUGGUUGUAAAUCGAGGACUAUCUAUAUUAGGGAAUUUAGAAAAGCAAGCACACAGAUUAAUAAUCUAUAGAUUAUUUCUAUAGAAUUAUUGAUCACAAAUUAUCAUGAACAGAUGUAUAACUAAAAUAAGUGCGUAGUCUUGAAUAAGAGUAUGGUAUAUGCUGGUAGUGUCUGUUGGUUGCAGAUUUAAAAAGUAGUGUUUUAAAAUAACUUUUACAACCAUGUUCUUCAGCUGAUCAGGGAUAUCUUUGUUGUUAUUUUAGAAAAGAAUCUCAUUGAUUCAUGUAAAUCUGCAGAAGCCCUUUCCAAAACAAGUUGGACUUUUAGUUAACUCUGCUCAUAACAUUAGAUAUGGGAAAAAAAUCUAUUGCAAGCUGGGCUUCCACUUACAGGUCCUUGUUUUUCUUCUAACUGAUUAUAAUAAUGCUGUUAAAAUUACACUAAUAAUUUGUUGUAGGUGCCAUACAUAUUAAUUUUACUGGACUGUUGAACAGAAAACAAGAUUACAGUAUUUAAUCUGCUUAAUAUUUUUAAACAUUUUCCAUUACUAAAAGGAUAUGCCUGAUAUAGCAGGAUAGUAGUAUGCAAACUUAGACAAAAUGUUGAUCCUUUUUAAAGGAAAUGGUUUCCUUCACAGGAUGAAUGGCUUCUGUAAGUUGCCUGCUGUGUCAUGCGUGUAUUGUCUUGUUUAAUGUUUCAGAAUGUUUAAUAUACUGUUUCAGAUAUAUUUGUGCCCAUAUGAAAAUGUAAUUGAUCCACAGAAUCUUAUGGUCAGUUUCUUGUGUUACCUGCUAUCUGUGAUUUUAAAAAAAAACCUAUAUUGAUCUCUAAACUUUGGUAAGAUACAUUUGGACUGUUUGAAAACAAAAGUGCCUUUGUUGCCUAAUAAAUUAAAAUUCCUGGAAAUAUAUGUACAAUUAGACAUUCCUAAUCACAGCAAUUUGCUAAUUUUGGAGUUAGUAUCACAAAACUAUUUAGACAAAAAAUCCAACAAACCAUUCCCCUUUCACCCACUUUCAUACUAUUGCCAUAUAGCCAUCAGGAGUCAAACUUCACUAGAGAGACUUUAAAAAUUCCAUCUUUUUAUGUGUGAUUAAAUAUCAUAAAUAUAUUGCUAGUCUCUUACUCAUCUAUCAUAAUAUAUGAUAGAGCCUAGACAUGGUUAGGCUCUAUUUUACAUGGACAAAACAGGAAUGAAUGGCAAGAUGCUAUGUAUAUUACUGAAGGUCAUCAGUGAUGAAACACUGAAGUCAAGAUUCUGAUCAUAAUUCAGAGGCAGCUAAAAAUAAUUCUUAACUUCUGGAGCUGAUAUUCUCUCAAUUUAUGUUUAUUUGGAUAACAAAGUGACUUAUUUUAAGAAUGCUGUAAUAUUUGCUGUAACACCUGAUUUCACUUUUAGUUAUGCUUAUUUUUAGGUCUCAUACCUGAAUACCACGGUUAAUAUGGGACAAUAGAUGCUGUGUGGAUUUUAAAAAAAUGGUCCAUGCUUCCAUUGUAUGGUAUUUCAUGAACUUACUCUCUGGAUUUCCAGACCACUAAAUGUUAAAGGUUGACAUAUUGUCAAAGCACUAAAUCUAAUUCCAUUGUAAUGUAAUCAUUUUUGAAUGUGUUUAAGCAAACACUGUUUUUUCCCCUAAAAUAUACAAAUAUUUCUUUA